UAAACAUUAAAUUAUUAUAAAAACUGAAGCAAUUAAGUGUCUGAAUUUAUGUGUGUGAUUUGUAAUAAGAGAAAACAAAUGUUAAUGAGUUGCAAAACACUUUAGAAAAGAUCUUCAUCAUGUUUAAUAACAACUUUCAAAACUCGUCUCAAGUAAAAAUGGAAAUUUCACCAAAAUCUUCGCCUCGUAGGAUUCAAGAUAGUUCCGGAACACUUAAAACCAAAAUAUCACUAGGUAAAAAUCCAACUAUUGUGCAUAGUGGACCAUUUUACUUAGUUAAAGAGCCACCAGAAAAAUCAGAUUUAACGGGAGCAACAAAUUUAAUUGCUCAUUAUGGUUUAGAACACACAUAUUCUAAAUUCAACAGUAAAAAAGUCAAAGAACAGUUGUCAUCCUUCCUGCCUACAUUACCAUGCGUCAUUGACGGACCGGGAGCAAUCGAUAACAGUUCACUUAGAAGUGUUAUUGACAAGCCUCCUAUUGGCGGCAAAGAGCUCCUUCCAUUAUCAAGUGUCCAACUUGCUGGCUUCCGACUUCAUCCAAACGUACCUCUUCCAGAAAAAUAUCGCAUCCUUAAUUCAACACCAACGAGAAAGCAUAAAAAGAAAGACAAAAAACACAAAUACGAUAACAGCAUCACCCAAGAUCUGUCAACGAGUGAACAACCAGGCGAUACUCAUGAAAAGAAACACAAAAAAGGAAAACGACACGAUGAUGAUAAGGAAAGGAAGAAACGAAAGAAGGAGAAGAAAAAGAAGAAGCAAUCAAAGCACAGUCCUGAUCAUCCAACAAGUCCCAUGGCAAUGGAAUCUUAAAAUCUUUGGAUUUCAAGUGAUGAAAUCUUUAAUUUCUUUAAUAUUUAAUUUAAAUUUGAGCUCAGAAAAAUAUCUUAAGAAUCAAUACGAAUUACCUAGUUAAAAUUUUAUUUAAAUUAAUUGCCCAAUAAAAAUCAACUUUCUUAAUAUAUCAUCACCAUUCGAAAGUUGACGAAUGAAAACACAAG